UUGGAGGGGCGUUUUCCUUAGGAAUCUACACCAUCCUGUUUUUGAAAUUGUACUCGUAUAAAGAUGUUAACAGGUGGUGCAGAGAAAGAACGCAAGCGAAGGCCCGCAGCCUCUCCAGAUCUCUUUCAUGUCCAUCAACUGCAUCCAGUGGAAUGCAUUUGCAAGUGUCUUAUCCAGGAAAUCUCUCUCUCAGGGAUAUGUAUUAUUUUGUUUUUGCUCCAACCCUGUGCUAUGAGCUUAAUUUUCCCCGCUCUGAAUCCAUCCGAAUGGGAUUUCUGUUCAGGAGGCUCUUUGAGAUGCUUCUCCUCACUCAGCUAUUGGUUGGUUUAACGCAGCAGUGGAUGGUGCCAAUCAUUCGAAGUUCAAUGAAGCCAUUGCAGGAAAUGGACUACUCUAGAAUGACAGAGCGUCUGCUUAGACUGGCAGUGCCCAACCAUCUCCUCUGGUUGAUUUUCUUCUACUCGUUUUUCCAUUCCUCAAUGAACUUUGUGGCUGAGCUGUUGAGGUUUGGGGAUCGGGAAUUCUACCGUGACUGGUGGAACUCCGAGACGAUAACAUACUUCUGGCAAAACUGGAAUAUUCCUGUGCACAAGUGGUGUCUCCGACACUUUUACAAGCCGUUGAUGCGAAGAGGUGCUGGCAAGUUACUGAGCCAAUCAGCUGUAUUUUUUGCCUCUGCUUUUUUUCACGAGUACCUGGUCAGUGUCCCACUCAGGAUGUUCAGACUCUGGGCAUUUAUGGGCAUGAUGGCACAGCUCCCACUGGCAUGGUUUGUGGCCAGGUUUCUUCGGGGUAACUAUGGAAAUGCUGCUGUGUGGCUCUCACUCAUUAUCGGUCAACCUAUCGCAGUUCUGAUGUAUGUUCAUGACUACUAUGUCACCCACAACCAGGAUGACCCGACAGACACUGAAGCUCUGUAAUCACACUGUAAAGCCCGAUCGACUGAGUUUGAUCGUGGACUCGGAUAAGCAGCUACCCUUCGAAAUAUUGCUGUAAGACUAUAGGCUACACACUAAUGGUACAGGUUGGAGUACAUUGAUACAGUUGAAGAUUCCCGGUACAGUCAGGUUUCCAUGAAGUCUUCAAAUAAAUUCAAAGCUCUAGGCUAUUUUUAGACCUUUAUGAACAAUAUCAACAGCCAAUCUAUGCAAAUCUUGCCUAGAACUCUAAAUGGAAAUGCACAAGAGUCUUUAAACUUCUGAAUGUGACUCUACAGUUGUCAAGUGCUUGUUUUACAGUAACUUCACUAAAUGAAACUGGACAUUAUCUGAUGGUAUAUUAUAUGCAUUACUAGUACGACUUUCUCACACUCAGGUCUGUGUCCUGUCACGUUAUUAGCAUUUUAACAUUUUCUUACAGUUCAAAUAUUGUGAAAACUCCUUAAACGGACAUUACGGUCUACUAUACAAAUAUAUGUGUUGUUGUUUUUUGUUUAAGUCCAUAAAUCUACAUAAUGCAAUGCAAUAUGGAAAGAGAUUAUGUACAGACAGAAAUGUGUAAUGUUUUAAUUAAUGGGCUAUAUUUUUUAAAGCCAUAUGCGCACAGACACUUUAAUUGCUGACCAGAUUGUUUUGUUUUUUGCAAAGGGAUAAGAGAAAAUGUUUGUUAAAUCCUAAAUUUUACGUCCAUUAUUUUUAAUCCACAUUUUAAAUGUAAUAUUGAAUUGCAUUUUUGUGUAUCUAAACUGUUGUACAGUACACUGUUGAGAUGCCAUCUGCGCUCCAUUACCGGCAUUAUAGAACCUAAUCAUCAAAAGUGCGCCACCCUGUGGGGACUGUUGAGAAUAAACAACCCUACAAAUGAU